GCCGCUAACAUGGAAACAUUUUAGCGCUCUUGAAAAUAAAAGUCGCCACAUACGAAUUUACCAAAUUAGACAUGGCACUGAGUUAGUAUUACGAAUCAGCCCUAAACACUCUCCCAAAACCCAACACCAACACCACACCGCAAACCACAAAUCCCUAACUAUAACAAUGCCGGAGUCGGAGGAGCCACGCGCCGCCGACGGAGACGGCGAGGCCACCGUACAAACGGAGGAGCCGUACCUGAAUGACGAAAAUGCCCCCGAGAAACCUCUGGUUUCUGAGGCAGGUGCUCCUCCUCUGUCGAAGAAUGCGCAGAAGAAGUUAGCGAAGAUGCAGAGGUGGGAGGAGACGGAGGAGGAGAAGGAGAAGCUGUUGGAGUCGCGGAGGAGCCUCCGCAAGGAGAGGAUGGAGCAGAGGUCGAGAGAGAAGGAUGAGAAGAGAGAGAGACUUUGUGGAGCCAGGGAGAAUGGCCAAAACGUCGUCGUUGACCUCGAGUUCGCUCACCUCAUGAACCCUAACGAAAUCCACAGCCUCGUUCAACAGAUAAUGUAUUGCUAUGCAGUGAAUGGGAGGUGCUCUUCCCCUGCCCAUCUUUGGCUGACUGGGUGCAGUGGAGAGAUGGAUGACCAAUUACAAAGGAUCCCUGGAUUUGAUAAGUGGAUAAUUGAGAAGGAAGCAAAAUCCUACAUCGAAGCCUUGCAAGAUCGUAAGGAAAAUUUGGUAUAUCUCACUGCAGAUUCAGACAAUGUUCUUGAAGAACUUGAUCUGAAGAAGAUAUAUAUUAUUGGUGGUUUAGUGGAUAGGAAUCGGUGGAAGGGGAUAACCAUGAAGAAAGCAGAAGAACAAGGAAUCCAAACAGCUAAGCUCCCAAUUGGAAAUUUCAUGAAGAUGACUAGUUCUCAGGUUCUUACUGUGAAUCAAGUGUUGGAAAUACUACUGAAGUUCCUGGAGACAAGGGAUUGGAAAACAUCUUUCUUUGCCGUUAUCCCUCAAAGGAAAAGAUGUCAAGGUGAUGCAGAAGAAAAUGCAGAAGCAGAAGAUACAUUAGAAGAUGACCAAAAGGAUGAUGAAAAGGCAAGUAAAAAGAAAUGUGUUGAGGAGGAACCUUGUAAUUGUUAGAAAUUUAGAAUCAUCACCAGCUUAGAGUAUCUCACCAUAUCUGUUCCGGUCAUUGCACGGAGUGGUACCUCUUGCAAGUUGAAUCUAACAUAUAAAUACACAAUUCAUAUCAGUGUUUUCACUUUUCACUGCCUUCAAUUCUGACAUAAUGAAUUAGCAUAAUUUUUUGUAUUUUAUUUUCUUUUUGACAAAAUUGUUGCUGGAUGCUGCAUCAAGAGUGAUAUCCAUGAUGUACUUUGAAGAAACCUACCUCCCUGAUGACUAUUGAACUCAGGACUGUUCUUGGCUUUUGGAUAAUUGGAUUCAUUUCCAGUAGUUGUCAAUUAUGAUGGAAAUGAGUGACUGGAUCAUCUACCUUUGAACUGUAUUGUUUGAUUCAGCACUCAAUUCUUUCUAUGACUGAACCUUUUUAUCAUCUA